AUGAAACCGACGCUGAAGAAAGUCUCCAAGUACGAGAACAAGUUCGCCAAGCUGCAGAAGAAGGCGGCCGAGUUCAACUUCCGUAACCAGCUUAAACAGGUUAAGAAGAAGGAAUUCACCCUCGAGGAAGAGGACAAGGAGGUAAGAACGAUCGUUUUCGACAAACUCGAAGCCGUUCGACGUUCUAUAUAUAUAGUUUUAAGUAGACUUUUUUCCUCCCCCGACCGACAAACCCUGCCGCCUCCCGUCGGCGGUCCAUUUUGGGUUCUUCUUCGUUUCGGCGAGCAAAGUUCACGGGGAUAUAAGACGCUGGCGAUGAAGACAUUCAUGCUCUCGGUGACCAUUUGUGGCCUUCUCCUCUCACGUAGGAGACAGAAUUUUGUCGAGAAUAUCAGAGAGUAUCUUAUAUCUCCGCGAAUUUAUGCCCCGCCGCGUGGGAGUCGUGCUUUUUGAAAUCUUUUUUCGUACGCGACGAUUUUGAAGGUUUUUGAAGUUCUUUUUUUCUUUUUUUUUUUUUUUUCUAUCUUUCUUUCUUUCUUUCUUUCGCCGCCCAGACGGGGCGGGCCUGUAUUCACGUCUUUUUUUCCAGCCAUUGAGAAAGACACUUUUUGUGGCUCUGGUUUUCUUUCCAUGUACAAAACCCAGUCAGCAGGUUUUUUUCUCCUUGUAUCAGUAGAGUCUUAAUCACUUGUUGUUCGGGCGUCCUUUCAUCGAGAUCAAACGAACCUACCAUUUUCGGCCAUUUCCGAUAAAGUGGAAAAACAAAAUCACGUGUGUUUGUUCCUUUGUCUUCGAGGUCCCUUGACACUUCGAUAUGUGGCCUGUCGCCGCGUUCUAUUCGCCGCGAGAUUGAAAACGAAUUCGUCAAAUCCUCUCGUGAUCUGACGCGUCGAGCGUUGAAAAACCGGUUGAUCUCCUGAAAGUGACACCGUUUCUUUUUUAUCCUUUUCUCUCUUUUUUUUUCGUAUACGUAAGAGCCCCAGUAGUAGCGAUAGUUGACUAGGCAAUUGUGUUGUUCUCCACAGCCCAAGAAGUCCGAGAAGGCAGAGUGGCAGACGAAGAAAUAGAUUUAAAAAACAAAACACACACACACACACACACACACAUGCACAAAAAAACGUAAAAUAAACGUAAAGAAAAGAAAAAAAACGAUAUCACACGCGUAUACAGGCAGUCAAGCAAUAACGAUACACUAUCAAAAAGAGCUUUAACACCUCGUACAACAACCGAAUCGCGUGAUACAACAACGCGAGCACAGAAGAAACAUAUCGCGAAGAAAUAGCCGGAGAAAACGUUUCCGUUCUUCCCAUUUCGGUUAUAAUAGGUUCACGUUGAUCAACGUGAUUUCUUUCUACCAUCUUUCCAUCUCAACAGCUCGUCCAUUUUUCCGGUUGUUUUUCUUUUUUCCUCCUCCUCCCCCCCCUCUCUUAAUUUCAUCGUACACCUUUGUAAAUCUUUUCCUCGGUAUAUAAUCGCAUUAGGCGAAUAAGCCAAAGUUAUACAACCUUUUUUUUUGUUUUCCAACUCGUUCGACCGAGUAAUCGAAUCGAACACCACACAAAGGAUGCUGUGUCAAUAAACGAUCGAAGAAAGAUCAAAUAACGUCAAAAGAAGGCAAAAUAAUUAUCCUCGACAAGUCACUUCUUACUUUUUUCCCUCCACCUUCUUCGACGGUAGCUCGUAUUACUCUCUCGACGUUUUCCCUUCUUCAUUUCAUUCAUCAACAUUUCUCUUGUACAUAUUUUUCUUUUUUUGUUUUUUGUUUUUUUCUCUUUUCGACGAGACUCGACCCCGCGCGAAUAUGAAAACGCGCUCGCUCUAUAAAAUGCAGCGAACGAAGGCGAUCUAGACGACGAUUCUUAUGGAAUCACCGAUAAGAAUGGGUCGAGUGUUAUCGAGAAUCGUUCCGCUCUGCUCCACUAAUUUUUUCUCUAAGCUCCACUUUUCUCUUCCCUCUGUUAUCCGUCUUGCGUGUUCCGACGACGACAGUACGGCACAGUAGCCGGUUAUUAUACGUGAAAUUGUACUUAAUUUGCUUUUAACGCGUCUAAUUUUCUCCUUUCUCUCUCUCUCUCUCUCUCUCUCUCUCUCUUUCUCUCUUUCACUUUCACUGUUUAAUGCCAUUUCGCAACGAUGUCGGUGAUUGAAAAAAGAGAAAGAAAAACCGAAAACGUAAAAAAAAGCGACAUGAAAAAAAAAAAGAAAAAGAAAAGGUGAGAAUGGCUUACAAAAGUUAAUAUUUAAGACUCACAGACUUUCUUCUUCGUUUCGUACGUAAUCGCAGAAGCGCUUUACUCACAAGUGCCUGUUUAUUUAUCUUCUCUGUCUAUCUAUCUAUCUAUCUGUCUGUCUUUCUACUUUUUUUUUUUCACACUCUCUAUCUUCCUGUCUCACUCUUUCUGUCAUUUCUCUCUAAUUAUUCAUCCAUUGACUCUGUUCUUCUGCAUUCAAUUUCGUUUAUCUUCUGUUUGAAAACACGUGACGCGCGCCAGGCUCCUUCACGCAAACGUGUGAAAACCGUCGUUUAGGGAAAACGUUUAGGUUGUCCGUACGCAAAGCGUACAGAGAAAACUAGACGAAAAACGAAAGCCGCCCGCUGCGAGAAGCCGUCACUUUCAAUUAAAAUUCUUUCCAAGAUCGCAAUAAGCUCUUUCGCAGCUUAAUGCCUUUGCUGCCAUUAUUCGGCUGCCAUGCUUGCCAGGCUGUUACAUGUGUAGGAUUGUUGUCCCGUCUGCGUUUUUUAUCUCUCUCUCUCUCUCUCUCUCUCUCUCUCUCUUUUUCUCUCUAUUUCUCUUUCGAGCCGUACAUCGAUCCGAUUCGUUCAACCUGUGAUCAACGUAAAGCACAACGUACAAUUGUCAAGAUAAAUCGCGAUUCACAAGACGAGAACACAUACGGUUCGAAGUUGCGAUUUACGAUGUUCGACGCACGGUUCGAUCACGGUAUCGAGCGUGAUUCAUGCUGUACGAUCGAGAAACGGCGACGAGAUCGUCGAUUGAAUGAAUCACGCGCGACCUCCUUUAAUCGUUAAGUUAUUAAUUAGUAUGUACGCUCUAAUAAUUGUCCAUGUCUUAUCUGUUGACUAAUGAUGUUGCUCUUGCAUUAUGUUCGCAGAACGCGUCAAAAGAUAAGGUAAAGCUUUAAACGAUCAACUCGUUUAGAUCGGCAUGCUUCUAGUAUGAGAGUACAGCUAGUGCGUGUGUUUAGACGAGAGAUAUAAUGUAGAUUACAGGGGAUGGUGUGAAGGAACGAGCCAGAAGAGAUCAUAGGAUUUAGAAUAGAAAAAGAGCUUACUUCCCCUAACGAUACGAGUCGCGACUCUGCAAGUUUUUCUUUCGAUCGUUCGAUACCGUGAACGAGACUUUUUAUUUUCAAUCUUCUCUCGCCUUCGUUUCACUAACAAUCUGCACGGCUUUUUGAAUGUCGACGAAGAGAGAAGAUCGCGACACGUCGUCGUCCACUGAACUGACGACGCUUGCUCGACACUCGGAACUUUUAAAUUGGAAAACGAGUUCAGAGACCACGAUUUUCGCCGAUGUUACGUUGGUACGCGCGGUUACUGGCAAGUUCUCGGCCACGAUGAAUUUCUCGCGCGUCCCCACCUGCGCGUUGCCCUGCUUUGCGAAAGUUUCCCCGCGGCGCUAACCAGGAGGAGGCGGACUCCUCCAGCGUGUGCAAACCGAAUUCCAUUCGCAAGUCGCAAUGAUGUCUCACAUUUGUUUUCUGAAAUUUUGCAGAAGAAACCCGACUGGUCGAAGAAAGGCGAGGAAAAGAAGGUAAAGGAAGAGGAGGUCGAGGCAUGA